ACGCGCGCUGCAGAGCUGCCAGCAGACGCUCCGGUAGAGAACGGGGAGUUCCUUCCUUCUCUCGGGAUCUUGGCGGUGUGAGUUACGGGUUCGUCCGGGCGUAUCAUCGCUGUUCGAGCAGCCGAUAUGUUAUCUCGUUCCCGGUGUCUCACGCGCUCUGUCGGUCGCUCUCUCGUUGCCCUCCGACAGGGUAACACUGUUUUAGCAAGACGAGCUGCUUCAGGCGUAUCGGCUACUCAGUGCCUCACCGUCAGGAACAAUCUAAAGUUUGAGACGAGGCCCAGUAUCUGGCAAAUCAGAUACUUCAAGACCACUGCGUGUCACAGGAAUGAGGUUAUUACCAUCAACACACCAGCGUUUGCUGAGUCUGUCACAGAGGGCGAUGUGAGGUGGGAGAAAGCUGUGGGAGAUACUGUUGCAGAAGAUGAGGUGGUUUGUGAAAUCGAGACCGAUAAGACGUCCGUGCAGGUGCCCUCUCCUGCUGCAGGAGUGAUCGAGGAGCUCCUGAUUCCUGAUGGAGGCAAAGUGGAGGGAGGCACACCACUGUUCAAACUGAGAAAAGGAGCCGGCGCUCCCAAGGCGGCUGCUGCCCCUGCUCCAGCAGCCGAGGCCCCGGCAGCUGCUGCACCUCCACCUCCUCCACCUCCUGCUGCUACAGUGGGGCCUAUCCCGUCCACCAUGCCCCCAGUGCCACCCGUGCCCGCCCAGCCUGCUACUUCCAAACCAGUGUCUGCCAUCAAACCGACCGCAGCUCCUGCUGCCCCUGCUGCAGACUCUGGAGCAAAGGGAGCACGCUCCGAGCACAGGGUUAAGAUGAAUCGUAUGAGGCUGAGGAUUGCUCAGAGGCUAAAAGAAGCUCAGAACACCUGUGCCAUGUUGACGACUUUCAAUGAGGUGGACAUGAGCAACAUUACAGAGAUGAGGAAAGUCUACAAAGACGCUUUCUUAAAGAAACACAGCAUCAAACUGGGCUUCAUGUCUGCCUUCGUGAAAGCAGCUGCCUAUGCUUUAGUAGACCAGCCAGCAGUCAACGCAGUAAUUGAUGACACGACGAAAGAGAUUGUGUACCGAGAUUACGUCGACAUCAGCGUGGCGGUAGCGACACCGAAGGGAUUAGUGGUGCCGGUAAUUAGAGGCGUGGAAGGAAUGAACUUUACAGACAUUGAAAAAGCUAUAAACGAGCUAGGGGAAAAGGCACGUAAGAACGAGCUGGCAGUGGAAGAUAUGGAUGGCGGCACGUUCACCAUCAGUAACGGCGGGGUUUUCGGCUCGCUCUUCGGCACACCCAUCAUCAACCCACCACAGUCUGCAAUUUUGGGCAUGCAUGGUAUCUUUGACAGGCCAGUGGCUGUUGGUGGCAAGGUUGAGGUCAGGCCCAUGAUGUAUGUAGCCCUGACAUAUGACCAUCGUCUGAUUGAUGGUAGAGAGGCCGUCACUUUCCUGCGUAAGAUCAAGUCUGUGGUUGAGGACCCCAGGGUGCUGCUCUUGGAUAUGUGAGAUGAUCAUAACGCGCACAUUAAUGGCUGACUUCCUCAGAGUUUCACACAGUGGUUAUUUUUCCCCUCCAAAAAAAAAUAAUAAAUACUUACUGCAUAUGAUUUACUGUGUUGGUUAACUAGGGAAAGAAGCAUUUUGAAUGUUCAUUUACUCUACAAUAGCAUGAAGGUAACAGUUGAAUGGACUAGCCUGGAAAAAAGGGUGUCUCAGCUGGCAUCUUCUUAAUAAAAAGGCUGUCACACCAUUCAUAAGUGCUUUUUUUGCCAAUGUUUAACUUGAUAUAUGUAUGAUUAUUUUAAGACAUAUGCAGUUGUAUGUAUACGUUGCUCCAAAUAUGUCAGAAUAUUGGAUUUCUGACCAGUAAAACAAGCACAGUAGUAGACAGUUUCUCGUUUUGCAUUUUGUCUGUUUAAAGAGGUAGUAGUCCAUCGGUCGACCAGCCAGCCAGAUACACUGUUUUGUUAUGUUCACAACACACACUUUGGUGCAUAUUGUGUACUUGUGCUUACAGUAUGGCCCUUCAACAAAGUCAAAAUCAGAUUCUGUCUAUGCUGUGUAAAGAAACAUAUUUAAGGAGGAAAAAGCUUUUAAACAAUAAAUUGAUGAAAAUUGGG